AUGUCGGAAACAAACUCUCCCGCGCCUCAGGACGACUAUGAGUCUGAGCUAGCUCGUCAUUCAUCUUUCCCUUCACGUCUGCUGCGAACUGAGACUCGCCAGACCCUUCAGGAACUGGGACUGUCCGAGUCCCAACCUCGUCGAGACAUCAACUACCCUGAGAUUGGCCCGUCAAAUCCUAUCUUCCCUGAAGAGUAUACCCUCGAAACAGCUACUGGUCUUGUGCCCCAACGCACGUUGGAAGAGCUUCGCUCCAGAACUUUGAGCAUACCUUCCAGGCCACCACAAGAUGACCUACCUAGCAUUUCUUCUGAGGAAGAUCUCGAAAAGAAAGGAGCCCAAGAACCUGUGGAAUUCGUCACUUUCAAAAUCGGCGAUCCUGAAAAUCCUCACAACUGGUCGAAGAUGUUUCGCUGGUAUAUAACUAUGGUGGCGUCCAUUCUUAUUGUCUGCAUUGCCUUUGGGUCAUCCAAUGUGACCGGUGGUUUGGGAUUGAUCGAAGAAAAAUAUCAUGUCUCACAAGAAGUUGCCAUCUUGACAUGUUCCAUCAUGGUCUGCGGUUUCGCUGUUGGUCCACUUCUCUGGAGUCCACUCAGUGAGAUAUUCGGACGACAACCUGUUUACAUCAUUUCCAUGGGAUUGUAUACCAUCUUCAACAUCCCGUGCGCUUUAUCACCAAACAUUGGCGGGCUCCUUGUUUCCCGGUUCCUCUGUGGUGUGUUUUCCAGCUCGGGCUUGUCUCUCGCCGGUGGUACGAUCGCCGAUAUUUGGGAUAUUGAGGACCGUGGGAUGGCAGUAGCAUAUUUUGCAGCUGCACCGUAUUGUGGCCCUGUUCUUGGACCUAUCGUCUGUGGCUGGAUCAAUGUUGGGUCUCAUCGACUUGAUCUCUUCUUCUGGGUAAACAUGGCUUUCGCCGGCGUCAUGCUCAUUAUCAUGGGCCUUAUUCCCGAGACGUAUGCCCCCGUUAUUCUGAAAAGACGAGCGAAGAGACUGAGAAAGGAAACCGGCGAUCCGAACAUCAUCACAGAACAGGAGAAAGUCAAACUCACGCUCCGCGAUAUUGUCCGAACCAGUUUGGUCAGACCUAUCGUGAUGAUCUUGACUGAGCCUGUUUUGGAUUUGAUGUGCAUGUAUAUCAUGCUGAUUUAUUCCAUGCUUUACGCCUUCUUUUUCGCCUACCCUGUCAUUUUCGGCAAGCUUUACAAUUUCAACGACGGACAGAUUGGAUUGAUGCUCAUCCCAAUCUUGAUAGGCGCGGCAUUUGCCCUCGUUGUCACACCUCAGAUUGAACACCACUUCAAGAAAAUAUGUGCACGCCGCAGUCCUACACCCGAGGAUCGACUGAUCGGCGCGAUGAUUGGAGCCGGCUUCAUCCCCAUAUCACUCUUUAUCCUUGGGGCUACGUCUCAAAGAAGCAUUAUUUGGGUCGGUCCUGCGUCAUCCGGCAUUGCAUUUGGCUUCGGAAUGGUUCUUUGCUAUUACUCUGUCAAUAACUACAUCAUCGACUCAUACUCAAAGUAUGCUGCUUCUGCGUUAGCGGCCAAGGUCUUCCUGAGAAGUGGUGGCGGUGCUGCUUUUCCUUUGUUUAUCACGCAAAUGUACCACAAACUUGGACUCGAAUGGAGUUCCUGGCUGCUCGCUUUCAUCGGCUUAGCCAUGGCCUUGAUUCCUUUCAGUUUUUAUUUCUUCGGAGCAAGAGUUCGAGCUAAGCUGAACAAAAAGUGA